GAGGAGGUAAGGGGAGGGUGAGUGUUGUCGGUCCCUGACAUGAAUGAACCAUGUUCGGUAACGGAGGCUUAGCUCUCCCCGUUUGCUCCUUUCUCCUUCUGCACCUCCCGGUUCUCCCGCUAACCAACAGCCGGCCGGUUAAGGACAGAAGUGAAGGGAGAACGGAGCAGCGGAACGCCCAUCUACAACCGCAUAGCCAUGGAAGUCAAAAUGUCAAACACACAGGCAAAAAGGAUGAGGUGUUUCAGUGGUGGGGGGAGUGGUCCAGUUGGUCCUCAUGUUCCAGGAGCUGUGGUGGAGGAGUGAGGAGUCAGGAGAGACACUGUCUCAUACAGAGGCUGUCAGCCACCCAGAAUGUAAACAGUUCAUAUUGUGUUGGCUCCCCGAAACAGUACCAGCUCUGUCCAAACCAGCCAUGUCCCAGCCCCAGUGUUAGCUUCAAACAGCAUCAGUGUUCUCAAUUCAACUCUAAAGCCUUUGGGAGACGACACUUCCAGUGGAUACCCCUUUACCCAGCUGAUUACAUCAGCAUCUCCAGUAAGCCAUGUGACCUGCAGUGUACGACUAUCAGCGGUGAGCGACAACUGCUUGUGCCCGCCCAUGAUGGUACCUUCUGUCGUGACACUAAACACCAUGGAGUCUGCAUAGAAGGGAUAUGUCAGCCUGUAGGUUGUGAUGGAGAGCUGUACAGCAGUAAAACAGUAGAUAGAUGUGGUAUAUGUGGAGGCAACGGGACGUCAUGCCAGCACAUCUCUGGAUCCUAUAGGAAGGCACUCACACAGUUAGGUUACGUUUUUAUCACCAACAUCCCAGCUGGAGCUUCAGACAUUCAAAUCAUAGAGAGACACAAGACUGAAAACAUCCUGGCCCUGUCAGAUGAAGCCGGACAUUUCUUCUUCAACGGAAACACUGUUUUUGACAAUCCUCAAAACUUCCAUGUUGCGGGAACAGUUUUCAAAUACAGACGUCCAAGCAAUGUGUUCUCAGAUGGGCUGGAAUACAUCAUCGCACAGGGACCCACAGUGCAGGGUCUUAAUGUUAUGUACUACAACCUGAAUGGGAAACUCCCCCACAUCACUUACGAGUAUACCAUCCCCCACAAGUCUGAUGACAUCACCAUGGCAGAAGGCCUCACUGCAGCUCCUGCACAUUCUCAUCUUAACCUCACCUAUAAUGAGGUAAAUGGGGACGUCCUGGAUCAGAGCAGCUUGAUGAACCACAGCAGAGCUGUAGAAUCUGUCCAUCACUACAACACCCAGCUGAGAGCUGAUGACCACUCAGAUGUCCAGCUGCAUGAAGAAGAGGAAGAAGAAGAAGAAGAUGAGGAAGUGGUGUGGGAGAUCCGGACACCCAGUCCACCACCACCAGUGGCCAUCUUUGUGUACAGACCAGAUGAUGCCCCAAGCCAUGUAUUCACCCACAACGAUGUGGAGGAGCAGGGGCCUCCAGCACCCUCUGGCUACAGGAGUUCCUCCAACUCCAUUGAUGAGCCUUCCACUGCUGAUGACAACACACUGGUUCUCACGUUCCCAGGUAGUCAGAGUGUUCAUUCUCCAGCCCUGUCAGAAGAUGCCCCCUACCUGCUACUGGAGGAUUUACAUUACAACCACACACAGUCAAACACACACUCUGUCAAACAUACACUCACUGUUCUGCAUUCACAAGCAGAAACGCAUGUGGAGACACUGCCAGCCACAGAUACAGAAAUACACACAGACUCACGAUUAGAAAUGCACCCACACAUGCUCACAGCCACUGACGCACAAUCUGUUGCACAUGCAGAAGCAGAAACUGGUACACACGCUGCCAUCUUGGUACAACUGCAACAGGUGUCAGCAGUCCAGGCUGCCAACACAGAGAGCAAUGACUUCGACGUAGGUCUGGAGCCAGAUAGAUCUAUUAGUCUGGCAGACAUGUAUCGCUGGAAGGUUUCUGCUUAUGCCCCAUGCAGCUCAACCUGUACGACAGGAAUAACCACCAGCUAUGCCCUUUGUGUCCGGUAUGAUGGUACAGAAGUCGAUGACAGUUACUGUGACUCUCUGACCAGACCAGAGCCGACACACGAGUUCUGCACUGGAAAGGAGUGUCCCCCACGAUGGGAGACCAGUGGCUGGAGUGAGUGCUCUCGAACCUGUGGUGAAGGCGUUCAGUACCGUACCGUACGCUGCUGGAAGAUGCUGUCACCUGGUCUUGACUCCUCUGUGUACGAUUCACUGUGUCUGUCACAUGACCUCCACAAGCCAGCCAACAGAAAGGUCUGCCAUGGCCAGAGCUGUGGGCCACAGUGGGAGGUGUCGGAGUGGUCUGAGUGCUCAGCACGCUGUGGCUCUCGGGGCGUCCAGACUCGAGAGGUUCGCUGCUCUAUGGAAAUGAGACUCUGCAACAAAUCCUCACAGCCAAUAGAAAGUCAGGAAUGUGAAGGCCCGCCUUGUGACAGGAGAUGGACAGUUUCUGACUGGGGACCUUGCUCAGGUGUUUGUGGGGAUGGAAGGAUGGUGCGUGCUGUCACCUGUCGUUCAUCAGGUGGGCUUGUGAUGUCAGAGGGGCAGUGUGACCAAUCACUACGUCCACUGGCCAUCUAUCCCUGUGGUGACAGAGACUGCGCUCCCCACUGGGUUGAACAGGAGUGGCAACCGUGUAAUGCUACUUGUGGGCGGGGUGUGCGACAGCGUCAGGUGGUGUGUGCUGGCCUGGAAGGUGGCGUGUUCAAAGAAUUUCCAGACAGCAGCUGUGACCAGACCAACAAACCAGAGAUGAGCUCCUCCUGCUUCCAGAGACCCUGCUCCAAAUGGUUCACCACAUCCUGGUCUCAGUGUAGUAAGACCUGUGGGAAUGGUGUCCAGGUUCGAGAAGUCAAGUGUUACCAGGGGGAGGAGCUGGUAACCAGAGGCCACAGCUGUAACUCUGUCCUGAAGCCAGAGGCCAGACAGAGCUGUGAAAUCCAGAGCUGUCCAACUGAAGCACCAGCAGCAGCUCCAGCAGCAUCAGUAGCUGUAGAUGACUCCUGCCAAGACAAGCCAACGGCCAACUGUGCCUUGGUUCUGAAGGUGAAGCUGUGCUCCCACUGGUACUACAGAAAGGCCUGCUGCCAGUCCUGCAAGGCGCCAAGACCCUAAAGCCUUAAACCCUCACUUCAUCACCAAUUGCUGGUACCAAAGGUCACACUACAUUCUUAAUGGUGCUACACAAAAGCCUGCUGCUAGCAAUGUAAGGCCUUACGACAUCGACAUUAAUCUUAUUACUGUUAGCUUAUCACUGAUGUCAAAGGUCAACAUGUGGUCACUGUAUUACCCUCUACUUGUCAAUCUUAUUCCUUUACUAUUGGCCCCUGUGUUUCUAAGCAGAGCUGUCAGAACUGCUAAAGAUGACCGUUCUGAAUGACCCCUCCCUUCAUUUUCAUGUCAUAGUGGCCCUAGUCCCUGUGACAGAGCCUUUGGCCAUUUAUUUCUUUUUGUGUCAAUACAUCCACUCACCCACCACACCUCUCCCAGACAAUGUGAAGAUAGACUAACUUUAGGGCACACUGGGACAUAUGUCUGUUCAUUUGGAACAGAUAAAAGAAGUAAAUCGGUUCUGUUACUUCUUCUUAAGGUGCAGUAUAAGGUACAUCCAAACUACAUGAAAGCCCUAAGGCAGCUUUGUUGUCACUGUAGCAACAGACCAGGAUAUACGGGACCAGGGGAAAAAUGUAGCUGAGUCCUAGUAGCUAUAGCCUGGUCCUGCCCUGCUAUACCAACACAAACCCAUAGAGAAAGAGUUUGGUCAGGUUGUGUUACUGCUGCGUGCUGAUAUGUAACUACAUUCGUUUUACUACAACAAACACAACAUGAGCAGCAUACUAGAUAUUAACAGAUCACCUUCCCACUGUACGGUUUUCACUCAUUCUUCUUUUAACACACUUAACAAAUCCCGUUGCUUACUCAUAUAACAGCCCCUCUUUGCCCACAAAAGCAAACUUGGCACUUCUCCAAAAAGGAAAGUCCUAUAAUACUCGCAGUGCACUGAACUUGGACAUGUGACAUGUGAAACCUGAAUUGCAUCUUGUGUUCAGACUAGCACUACAUCGAGGUGGUACAGUCUGUGGCAAUUAAACUAAAUGCAGCUCCAGACAAAUAAAGCAGUCAACAUACUUGGGUUUUUAAAUAUGAAGCUUUAAUGGUUAUGUUAACACCCCUGCAUACAUGUUACCACAUCAACCAUCCAUCCACAAUAUCAAUCCAUCAUUUUAAAUCAACAGUUCUCUGACUUAGCAUUACACUCCUAAUAUCUACAGACUCAAAUUGGACAGUUAGAAAGGGCCAGAACUGGAGUUUAAUCUUUUCUCUUAUUUUCCCACAAGGCAAUUUAACCUGCUGGUGGUUCAGUCACAAAUGCAGGUGUUACGUUACUAAUUGCUAAUCUACCAUCAACUGUAGAUGGGCUGUUUGCCACAGAGGUACAAUAAGCUUCCUUUCUUUUAAAACAUGUCGUCUUCAGACCCGCCUGGCUCUGACUCAUGUGACAUCACUUGAGGACAUUUAGCUGGAUUCUUUUAUUUGCAGAAUCAGCAAAGCUCACCCGCAACAUUUUGGAUUUAACAAACGGAAGAAGAACUUCACCUGCUAUCAAUUUACAUGGAUAUAAAACACUUCCAGUAUAUGGAACAAUUCAACUAAUUUUACAGUUAAAGCUGUUUGUUGACUAACCUGUUUGUUGACUAACCAAUCAGUAUCAUCUGCAUGUGUCCUGUACAGAAAUAUAGUACGACCAGGAUGUUUUUAGCUUAGCUUACCACAAAGACUGGAAAUAGAGUGGGAAAGAGACAUUGCCACACCUCUCUGUAGUGGAUAAACUGAUUAUUGCUCAUAUGCCACUGGGAAAGCUGGCAACAACAUAUCUCACUAAAUGUUUUCAAAUCCUUUUAAAGUUCCAUAUUUCUGCUGAGAUUAAAAUUCUGUGUACUUUUGAAAGCUUUCCUCUAAAACAUUUGUGACAACUGGAACACUAAAAGGUAGUAGUAUCUCUUUAUAAUCCUUUUAGACAUUUGAGAUCAGACAAUUGAACAAACCUGACUGAAGUUUCUGGCAUGAGACAGAAGAAUAGUUCAACACGGCUGCCAAACUCUCCAUCUACCCUAAACCCUAUGUAUAAGAGACUGUCCUCUCCGGGAGCUUUUUUUUUUUUUUUUUUUUUUUUAACCUGUUGUUACGUUUCCC